AUGAAAGGACAGAAAGACGAGCAGAACAAACUCCUUUCAGGAGGAGACUCACUCAUGGCCUAUGAGACAGAGGAUCAGGAGACUCAAUACUGCUUUCCUGACAUCAACUCAUCAUGUGUCAAGGGGAAACGCUCCAAACAUGUAUACAAUAUCAUGUAUGUGUUUUUUUCAUUGCUGUCAGCAUGGACUGUGUUUCUGAACCUGCUGGUGAUCAUCUCCAUCUCUCACUUCAAGAAGCUUCACACUCCAACCAACAUGAUUAUUCUCUCUCUGGCUGUUGCUGAUCUGCUUGUUGGACUUAUUGUGAUGCCUGUAGAGGCCAUCAAACUGAUUGAGACGUGCUGGUACUUUGGAGACACUUUGUGUGACCUUUUUAUGAUAAUCAUGGGACUAACUGUCUCCACAUCUAUCUGUAACUUAGUUAUAAUCGCUGUGGAUCGUUAUGUGGCUGUUUGUCUUCCUUUAAUGUACCCACAGAAAAUAACCACAACAAAAACUUUAAUAAGCAUCUCUUUGUGCUGGUUUUUCUCAUUAACCUACAAUGCUGGAUAUUUGAUUAGUGGCAGAUAUUUUGAAAUCAACCAAAGCCUCAGCACAUGUUAUGGAAAAUGUUAUUUAGUAAUAAGUUUUUCAUGGGUAUUCACUGACCUGUUAUUUUCCUUUUUAUUACCUUGUACUCUGAUUAUUACUUUAUAUUUGAGGAUAUUUUAUGUUGCACAUCAGCAAGUGAAGGUUAUAAACUCUAUGAUGAAGGGUGGUAAAUGUGUAUUGGAGGGUUCAGUGAAGAGAAAAUCUGAGAGCAAAGCUGCUCUAACAUUAGGAAUAAUUGUGACAGUUUAUUUACUUUGCUACAUUCCGUUUUAUAUAUUGUAUAUGUUAUCUGUAACAGGUACUACAAUCAUUUCUUCUACCACAAUGACAUUUAUAAUAUGGACUUUGUAUAUUAACUCAAGCGUGAAUCCUCUCAUCUAUGCUUUAUUUUACAGCUGGUUUAAAAUAUCAGUUAAACACAUCUUAACUUGUAAAAUAUUUUCCCCACUUUUGAAGCAAAAACUCUAA